AUGGCAGCCGGACGAACGGUUGCUGUUGUAUCUGUACAAGUAUCUGUACCGAUCACCGAUAGUAUUGGUAUUCUAGGCAUAAAUGCCUCGUCUAAUCUGAACAUCGGACAAUGCAUCGAAUCCAAGGCGAAAACUGCUGAUUCAAAAAAUGAAGAUACAGACUCAUAUGGCUUAGGACAUCGUCAUAUUCAAGCAUUUCUAAUAUUUAUAUGUCUCACCGUCGGUAUUAUUGCGGGUGGCCAUAUGGGAGUAACAAUCGUUGCGAUGUCGGUAGCUGAAAAUACUACUGACAAAACACUAGACACGACGCACGAAAUCGAUAGAUAUUUGGAUAUAUAUCAAAUUUAUGACUGGCCAAAAUCAAUACACGAGAUUAUUCUUGCAUUAUCUUACCUUGGAUCUGCUCUCAUGAUGUUUCCUAUCGGUAUCUUGGGACACCGAUUUGGUGGAAAGUUUCUGCUUCAAAUAACACUGGGUCUAAAUGGAGUCAUAUCGAUUGUGGCACCUUGGGUGGCAGCAUGGGGUGAUUGGAUAUCAUUUGCCGUACUUCGUUUCUUACAAGGCGCUGCUCUAGCUGGACUUUACCCAGGAGUCUAUUAUUUAAUCACAAAUUGGUUCCCUAUUAGUGAACGUAACUCUCUCAGCGGCUACAUUUAUGCGGGUUCAGGUAUUGGAAGCAUAUUGGCGUUCUCUUUAGCUGGUAUUCUGGCGGACAGCGCAUUGGGAUACCCGGGAAUGUUUUGGUUUGUCGGAAUCGUAUGCUUAUUUGCGUUUUUCUUGAUCACCGUCUUCGGAGCUGCUACCCCGAGUGAACAUAAAUUUGUGUCAGAGAAGGAAAAGAAAUAUAUAGUACGGGAUCAUGUGAAAGAAGUGGUAACGAAACCCAAACUUCCAUGGAAAAAAAUAUUUACUUCGAUUCCUCUAUGGGCGACUGUCAUAGCACACGUGGGAAAUUCUAUUGCAUUUGUGUUUUUCUAUUUGCAAGUACCAUCGUACAUGGUUGGAGUAUUAAAUUUCGACAUAAUGGCUAGUGGUAUUCUGGCAGCACUACCGCAGUUGGGUUCAUGUAUCUCGGCGUUAGCAUUCGGUAAUCUGUCCGAUUUUUUAACUAAUAGAAAAAUCAUAAGCAUGAGAAUGGCGAGAAUAACGUUUAAUUCUAUUGGUAAGUUGUGUCAGUAA